GAGCAAGCAGCACCUACAUCUCAAGACCAGCCUUCCAGACGGUUUUCCAGAGAUGAAUUAUCUUACUUUCCUUUUGGCUAUUCUUCAUGUACAGAAAGCUCUAGGUGAAGAGAUAUUUUGGGACACGACUGUUAAACUUACUGAGAAUAUGAUCCUAGAAUGUGCGUAUCCAUUGACUGAAACCUUAACCCAGCUGGAGUGGUUCAAGAUCAUUGGGAUGCAGAAAGAUCCCAUAGGCAUCUUUAGCCCUGCUUUUGGUAUACAAAUAAGGAAGCCCUAUGCUGAUAGGGUUUACUAUGUAAACUCAACAAUGGCUCCCAACGUUAUUACCCUUUCCUUUUAUAAUGCCUCUGAAGCUGACCUUGGCAUCUAUUCCUGCUUUUUUCACAUUUUCCCACAUGGAACUUGGGAAAAGACAACACGGGUGAUCCAGGCAGAUAGUUUUGAGAUAGCUGCAUCAUUGAAUGGACCCAUGCGCCCCAUCACCUCAGAAAUUGGACAAAAUGUCACACUCACCUACCUGAUUCAAAUGAAGGGACCAGUGCAACAAGUCACAUGGGAAAAGAUACAGGCCCAUCAGAUAGACAUCUUAACUUGCUGCAACUUGUCCCAAGGGAGAACUUACACCUCCAAGUACCAAAGACAAGUGUGGAGCAACUGCAGCCAAGGAAUCAGGGUGAGCCACCUGGUCAUUCCCCACGCCACAGCCUCUGAUUCAGGAGUUUACCGCUGCUGUGUCAAGGACAGCACAGGAGAAAGUGAAACCUUCAUGAUGAGACUGACCUUAAUCGAAGGUGAAACCAAUAACCAGCACAUUUCCUUUGUGGCUGGAGGGACUGUUUUAUUGUUGCUUGUUAUCCUAAUCAUUGUCAUCAUUGUCAUUUUUUAUAACAG